AUGAAGACGAUCAUUUUAUUGGCCUUAUUUGGCCUUUCUUUGGCUGCAGUCCAUCAACAUUCGCUUGUAUGGAGAGAAUCCAAAAAGGUUCAGAUGAUCAGAAAUGGCGAAUAUAAAGCAUAUUUGGAAUAUUUGAAUCAUUUGAGAGCUGCUUCUCCAAGCGAAUUCGCUAGUUUGCCACAAAAUGUUAAUGAUUUUGGAGAUUAUGAAUAUUUGGGAAAUAUCACAGUUGGAACUCCAGAUCAAAAAUUCGUUGUUGUUUUGGAUACAGGAUCUGCUAAUUUGUGGGUUCCAGGACCAUCGUGUAGAACUUAUUGUUCAGCUAAGAACAAGUAUCAAUCUGGACAAUCAAGCACAUAUGUUAAGAAUGGACAAAGUUGGAGCAUUCAAUACGGAUCUGGAAGUGCCAAGGGUAUUCUUGCUCAAGACACAGUUAGAGUGAGUGUUGAUUUGAUUCAUCGAAAAGUAUUUUUUUUAUUUGACAUUUUUUUUAGUUCGGAGAUGUUGGACAAUCACAAUUGGCUGUUCCAACAACAACAUUCGGAGUUGCCAGCCAAAUCUCAUCCGAUUUCAAUAAUGAUGCCGCUGAUGGUAUUCUUGGACUCGCUUUCACUUCUCUUGCUGUCGACGGUGUUGUUCCACCACUCAUCAAUGCUAUCAACCAAGGACUUCUUGAUCAACCAUUGUUCACAGUUUGGCUUGAGCACAGAGGUAUGCUCAACAACGUUGGUGGGGGUGUUUUCACUUAUGGAGCUGUUGAUACAACAAACUGUGGAAGUGUUAUCGGAUAUCAACCACUCUCAUCUGCCACUUAUUAUCAAUUCAAAGUUGCUGGAUUCGCCCUUGGAAGUUAUAGCAGUAACUCAGCUGUUGAUGUUAUUUCUGACACUGGUACCUCAUUCCUUGGUGGACCACAAACUGUUGUUGAUGGUUUGGCAACUGCUGCUGGUGCAACAUAUGACUCUAGUUAUGAAUUGUAUUUCAUUGAUUGCGAUGCUACUCCAGGAUCUCUUGAUAUCACAAUUGGAUCAACCAAAUAUUCAAUUCAACCAGUCAACUACAUUGUCAAAGUCGAUGAAAACCUUUGCGUAUUCGGUGCCUUUGCAUUUGAUUUCGGAGGUUAUGGACCAUCCUGGAUUCUUGGAGAUCCAUUCAUCCGACAAUAUUGUAACAUCUACGAUAUCGGAAAUCAACGUAUGGGAUUCGCACCAUCUCUCCAAAAAUAA